AAAUAAAUAAAUCAUAUGGUUGUUUUUUUGUUUUCUCAUUUUCAGAUCUCUGUUUCUUCAAAACCCUAAUUCUGCCAAAUUCAGUUUGAGCCUCGAAAAACCUAUCUCUCUCUCUCUCUCUUUCUCUCUCUAACGCAUUCUGCCAUUCAACAGCGAUCCUUCCAUCAUCUUCAACGUUUCUAUCUCCGAAACUGAAGAGCCGUUGCCUUCUAAGGACAUGUCUCCAGGAUCCCGAUCUAAGUCUAAAGACAAAAAGGCUACCAAGGAAGCUCAAAAGGCUUCUGCAAAGUCUACAGGAUCUGGUAAUGCAGUAGCUGGUAUUCCAGCCAGUGCAUACAAUCCAUUAUUGGGAACAUUUCACACCCUAGACGUGUCACCAACACCUACCUCCCCAAUACAUUCUAAUGGUCGUUUUCAGAACAUAGAUGAGACAGACGAACAAUCUGGCAACUCAGUAGUAGCUGGUGUUGAGUAUGAUUCUGUUUCUAAUAAUGAUAGUUGGUCUGGUGAGUCCGAAGACCAUAAAGAGAAAACUUCUAAUCUUCCUGUUAGACCAGAAUCAGUACCAGGAGCUGAUAAUGACAAGCGAGAGAAAAUCCGUCAGAAGAAUGAGAGAAAACAUCAACGGCAGAAGGAAAGACGAGCACAAGAGUUGCAUGAGCGUUGUAGUGGUUAUCUUAUGUCAAGGAAACUUGAGGCACUUGCUCAACAGCUUGUUGCAAUGGGAUUUUCUCAUGAACGGGCAACGAUGGCAUUGAUAUUGAAUGAAGGUAGGGUGGAGGAAUCAGUAGCAUGGCUGUUUGAAGGUGGUGAAGAAGCAGAUGGUCACCAGGAUACAGACGUAGGUAGGGGCAAUUUGAAAAUUGACAUAUCAGAAGAGCUUGCUCGGGUUGCAGACAUGGAAAUUAGGUAUGGUUGCUCAAAACAGGAGGUUGAAAGAGCGAUUGUUACCUGUGAGGGUGAUCUUGAUAAGGCUGCAGAGACCUUGAGAGAGCUGAAGCAUGAUCCACCAAAGCCAGAGGAAACUGAUGAUCCUCCUAUCAUUAACAAUGGCAAGCAGCCUGGAGUUGCAAGUCAGAGCUCAAGGCCACAAACAAAACCUAUUCCUUCACCAAAUCCAUCCAAAAAAGAUGAAAAGGAAUUUAACUAUACAAAGGCUGCAAUCACGAUUGGAGUAUCUUCAGAAUCCAGCAAUAGAAAUAUGCAACCUCUAAAGAGAAUCCAACCGAAGUCUGAAUGGGCAAAGCCCCAACAGACUACUAUCCUAGCUGACAAAAGGUGGCCAAGUGCAGGAUCUAAUCCUUCUGUUUCUUAUUCAUUGGCGUCACCAUUGCAAGUAACGCCACCACCAACAAAGUCUGAAGCACAAUAUAUGGCAGUUGCGGGUGAUUUUAAGAACCUUAAACCUGGAGCCAGGGAACCAUUAAUCAUGAUGCAGCGGCCUCAAACUGUAAAUGCAAAGCAGCUUCCAGCCACAAGCAUGAGUUCAUCACCUCCCGGAAUAGGUGCUAGUUGGUAUCCAACUAACAGUGGUGAAGUUGGGAGAUCUAAUGGCUUUUUAUCUCAUGCUCCUAGCACUAGAAGUCUCAGUCCAAACUAUCUCAGUUCUAAUCAAAUUUACCACCAACUUCAGUAUCAACCUCAACAACAUUUUGUCGCAGGAAGCAGCAAUUCUGCAGAUUCCCAAGCAACGAGAGGGAAUAGCAUUUGGAAUAGAACUGGUGCAACUCCAAUGCUUGCUGCUGCCUCUUCUCUGGGACUCUUUUCUGGACUAGGAUCGGCAGCCACAUCAGGGGCAGCUUCUCCAGUUGACUGGAGCACUGGUGGUUCAAUGCAGUUCGAUUACAACAACAUAGACUGGUCCUUGGAUAGAAGUUUAUCUUCACCAAGGUCAAAUGCUUUAUUGCUAGGCCUUUCACCAUUUUCAAGGAGUAGCGCUCAGAUGUAUGACUCAAAUGCUUCAGGAGUUGCUGCUCAACCAUCAAUGAGAUCAGUGCCCUCAAAUGGGAGCAUUGUUCCCAUGCAUGGAUUGCAAGAUGGUGGAGUAGCCUCUGCUGAAACAUCUGCUGCUGGUUCUCGGGAGUGGAGUUCUCCAUUUGAAGGAAAAGAUCUUUUUAGUUUACCGAGACAGUUUGUUUCUUCUCCUUCUCUGUAGAAUCCGAGAGGAGAAAAUUGAAUAAAUAAAAUGAAAGAAAGACCCAUAAAUGUGUGUGGUUUGAUGUUGGUUCUUAUGAUUCUACAGUUGAUGAUUGUUGAUGGUAAGCAUUCAAGUGGGAGGAACAAGCAUCCACAUGAAUUACGCGUCACAUGCAAAUUAAACAUUCAAUUCAAACCCUCCACUAAUCCACAUUUUUUACCCGCAAUAUCUAAACAAGCUCGGAUAAUUUGAGUAAUGCUGCAGCAACUGAAGUAUCAGAACACGAAGUUAUUACAAACUAUGGAGAGCGAUUGGAUAGCCAACAUGUGAUGUAAAAUCCAAUGGCUCAGUAAUGAUUUUAUAGGAGGUCUUUUGGUGGCUAAUUUUGAGGCUGCAGCAGUGUUAUAAUUUGAAUACGAGUAUAUAUGGUGACAAUGAACAAUCGAUUAAUCUAUAGCUUAGGGAGAUAUCAAAAUAAUUAUAAGUGAAUAAUAAUUAAAGCGUAAAAUUU